GGAAAACACAGCGCCGCAGACCGACAGAAUCUUCGGUCGGUACUCAACGCGGUGAACCGUCCACCUCGCGUCGCUUGUCAGUCGGUGUUGAGAAGAGCUUAGUGCUACGGGGAGCGCCGACGGUGACUGCACAGCCCACCGACCAUGGCUAAGGACGGCCACUGCCCUCUCGCCGAAGCCGGCAUCCCGUACUCGGUGACCGUGUUCGCUUACUUAGGACUUUUGUUCAUCGUGUACCUCCUGUGCCGCAUCCUGUACGCGUCAUGGCAGGGAUUCUACUCCUGUUACCUCGGCCGAUGGCUUGGCCACAACAUCAACUUGCGCAAGAUGGGCGAAUGGGCUGUUGUCACUGGUGCUUCAGAUGGCAUUGGGCGGGCCUACUGUGAAGAGCUUGCUGCACGGGGCCUCAACAUCGUGCUCAUUAGCAGGACACUAGAGAAGCUCGAGACUGUGGCUCGGGAGAUUGAGGAGGCGUCCAAUGUCAAGACCAAGGUGAUUGCCGUUGACUUCACUUCUGGCGGCGAGAUCUACGACACGAUCCGGAGGGAACUGCAGGGUCUGGAGAUUGGAGUGCUUGUGAACAAUGUUGGCGUCAGCUACGUCUACCCCGAGUUCUUCAGCGUUGUUCCUGAUGGCGACAAGGUCAUGGACAGCAUCAUCCGGGCCAACUGUGUUGCCGGAACCAUGAUGACUCGCAUCUGCCUGCCCCAAAUGGAUGAGCGUCGCCGUGGAGUGAUCAUCAACGUGUCUUCCAUCUCCGCCAUGCAUCCACUGCCUCUGCUCAGCACGUAUGCGGCCUCCAAGGCCUACAUGGACAACCUGUCUCAGGGACUUCAUGCUGAAUACAAGGAUCGUGGCAUCUACGUUCAGUCUGUGAUGCCGGCUUACGUGUCCACGAAGAUGUCCAAGAUCCGCAAGGCCACCUACAUGGUGCCAACAGCCACCACCUACGUCCGGGAAGCCCUCGACACUGUCGGCAUUGAGCACGCCACCUAUGGCUAUGGUCCACACAAGUUCAGGGCUCUGGUUCAACGCAAGCUCAUGGAGUGCCUACCCCACAGCGUUUUCAUGAACAUCUCGAAAGCGUCCCUGCUCCAGAUUCGCAAGCUCUACUACAAGAAGAAAGGAAUCGAGGACACCUUCCUGGGAAAGCGCAGCUCCUCAGCCAAUGCCGUGGGCGACGUGGCAGAGCAGGUCAAGAGCCAGUGAAACAGAGCCAAGGCAUUGUCAAUCUUUCCAGCUUCUCUGGUGCACGUCGGCACACGACAACAACGUGCACGGAGUGGUCAUCACUUUUUUCACCUGUAAUGAAUGCUCGGACGGGAAAGGGGUGUGCUACUAGUUAAUAUUGCUACAGUUGAAUCCCGCUAUAACGAAAUUCACGGUGCACGAAAAAAAAUUCGUUCUCGCGGAACUUCGUUAUCGCAAAAAUUUGACGUGAAACGCAGAAAGAAUUGCCCAAGCAGCAGCAAAGGCGUUUAAUGCCAAAAAUCUGUAAGCUUGGUUUGCUUACGCUUCACGGCGAGCAAUGCCGUCACGCGAUUUUCGCACUGCACAGGUACAGCUACGAGUUCCCUUAAAACAGCGCGGCGUGGCACUUUUGCCUAACGGCGGACGCUUGUCCGAGCCAUCCAUGUUUGUGCAAAGCAGCACUGUGAUGCGUUUUUUGCUGUGUUUGCCGCCGUGACAGCGCUGCCCCUUGAAGUCGAGCGUCCUAGCCGGCAACAUCUCGUAGAAUAGCCCGGUCUCGUCGGCGUUGUAAAUGUCUGCAGGCGCGAAGUUGCUUAAAAUUCCGGCCAUGUUACUCGCCUUCCAAGCAGCUGCUCCGUCCACGUCUGCUGACAUUGACUCGCCGCACAACACUUUUCCAACGAUGUUAUGGCGGGCCUUGAAACGGUUUAGCCAGCCAAUGCUGGCUUUAAAAUCAUCAAUGCCAAGUAGGCAUGCAUAGUUCAAGGCUUUCUGCUGGACGAUGCUUCCGGACAGGGGGACGUUGCUGGCUCGUGCUUCCACAAACCACGCAUGCACUGCUUUGUCCAACUCUUCAUGGAGGGGCCGCGUCACCUUUUUGUGCUUCGAGGAUGUGCCUGAAGCAAGUGCCAUUCUCACGCUGUCCUUAUUGCCUAGAAUCGUUGACAGCGAACUUGCAGGAAUUCCGAAGUCUUCAGCAAUUGCCGCUUUCUUCCUUCCGCUUUCUGCUUGGGCGAUUAUUUGAGCUUUUUGCUCAAGGGAAAGAGUUUUGCGUUUUUUCACUUGCGUUGCCAUCGUGUCCUGCGGAUGAAAACUCGUCGUUGUCGAAGAGAAAGGCAGCGAGUGAACAACGCGACCACGACACAAAGCCAAAAUGGCGGAACUGCAAUCACGUGAUUUCAUGCUUAAUGUGGCUUUGGAUUUGACUUGGACUUCUCGCCAAUAAAACUAGUUUCGGUUUCGAUUUUGAACGCGAAAAUUUCGUUGAAGCGGAAACGCUCUGCAAAAAUGGUUCGUUGUGCAGAGAAAUUUAGGCCAUUAAUUCUUAUAGGAUACUCGCGGGGAAUAAAAAAUUAUUCGUUGUCGCGGAAAUUUCGUUGUGGCGGGAUUCAACUGUAACACUUAUGAGGAAGAGAGGUUCUACGUUUGUCCUUUACUUUUUUUUUUACAAUCACACUGAUUCUUACUAUUGCAUUUUCGUCUCGCAUUUGGACAUUUCUGAGAAGACCUUGUCACUUGUUCCAGUGCCUUGCAUUCCAUAUAUCAUUUGUACAGAGAUGUGCCGUGCUUUCUUUCUUUAUUGUUUGUUCGUGGCGUUUUCAGUUUGUCGCUCUGUGAAAUAAAGGUGAAUAAAGGUUUUGUGAAAAGUACUA